AUGGACACCAGGUACUUGGGAUCUACAAAAUGUGUGCAGUCGUUUAAUCGUGCCAUUGAAGUUCGCUCUCUGAUCGGCCGGCUAGACUUGGCCGUCGAUCGUAGGAUCGCUGAUGUAGUAAAGAUCACCUCACCACCGGUACCUGCACCUGUAGUUCAUAUGACUCCGGAGGUAGAUGCCCACGUGGAAAAGCCAAGAUCCCUGCGACAUUAUAGUCCUUCAUUGACUGACUCUUUGGACUUGGCCGUCGAUCGGAGGAUCGCUGAUGUCUCGUUUCCGUCGCGGCUUGGACAUGCGAAGAGUUUCCAGUCAUCGUCCUCCGAGCUCUGUACCGACUCGCCCGUGUACCACCUGCAGGUAGUAAAGAUCACCUCACCACCGGUCCCUGCACCUGCAGUUCAUAUGACUCUGGAGGUAGACGCCCACGUGGAAACUCCAAGAUCCCUGCGGCAUUAUAGUCCUUCAUUGACUGACGCUUUGCACUUGGCCGUCGAUUGGAGGAUCGCUGCUGUCAGGCUACUGCAGUUACGCCGGCGGCGAGAACAUACAGCGAGUUUCCAGUCGUCUGUAGAGCUGAGCGUUCGUUCACCCGUGUACGGUGCAGUUAAGUCAGUUCCGCCGGUGGCAGCUGAUGAAACUCUACAAAAUCCUGUACGGUCUGAUCUCCUUAGAUCGGUGUGGAAGAGGUCGAAAAGAUUCGUUUGGAAGUCCAUGGUCAACGCUGCACGCCGAAUUUGUUUAUGCCGCAGUUUCGUUGACCUAGAAUGA